AUGUCGGGACCUUUACACUACUGCAUGGACUGUAUUAAAGAUCACUGGGAUGGAGAAGAUCAGAGGAGAAAAUACAGCUGCCCUCAAUGCAGGAAAGAGUUCAUACCAAGACCUGCCCUGGAGAAAAACUUCACAUUAGCUGCUUUAGUGGAGGAUGUGAGGAAGCCUGGACUCCGAGCUGCUGCACCUGGUCACUGCUAUGCUGAACCUGAAGAUGUGGCCUGUGAUGUUUGUACUGGGAGGAAGAGAAAAGCUGUCAAGUCCUGUUUAUCAUCUCCAGCUUCCUACUGUAGGAAUCACCUCCAACCUCGCUAUGAUGCUCCGCCAUUAAAAAGACACAAGCUGGUGAAUCCCUCCAGGACUCUCCAGGACAACAUCUGCUCUCGUCAUGAUGAGGUGAUGAAGAUCUUCUGUCGUACUGAUCAGCAGUGUAUCUGUUAUCUCUGCACUAUGGAGGAACAUAAAGGCCAUGAAACAGUCCCAGCUGCAGCAGAAAGAGCUAAGAAGCAGAAGAAGCUCCGGGAGAGUCGACAACAAAUCCAUCAGAGAAUCCAGGACCAAAAGGAAGAUGUGAAGCUGCUUCAACAGGAGGUGGAGGCCAUCAAUCACUCUGCUGAUAAAACAGUGGAGGACAGUGAGAAGAUCUUCACUGAGCUGAUCCGUCUCCUCCAGAAAAGAAGCUCUGAGGUGAAGCAGCAGAUCAGAUCCCAGCAGGAAACUGAAGUGAGUCGAGUCAAAGAUGUUCAGGAGAAGCUGGAGCAGGAGAUCACUGAGCUGAAGAGGAAAGACGCUGAGCUGGAGCAGCUCUCACACACAGAGGAUCACACCCAGUUUCUCCUCAACUACCCCUCACUGCCAGCACUCAGGGAGUCGACACACUCAUCCAGCAUCAACAUCCGUCCUCUGAGACACUUUGAGGACGUGACAGCAGCUGUGACAGAGUCCAGAGACAUAAUACAGGACGUCCUGAGAGACACGUGGAGAAACAUCAAACUGAAGAUCACUGAGGUGGAUGUUUUACUUUCAGGACCAGAACCAGAACCAAAGACCAGACGUGAAUUCCUACGAUAUUACCAAGAACUCAGUCUGGAUCCAAACACAGCACACCUGAAGCUUUUAUUAUGUAAAAAGAACAGAAAAGCUAGAUGUGUAAGACAUCAGCAGUCUUAUCCUGAUCAUCCAGGCAGAUUCUCUGUUCAUAAACAGAUCCUGAGCAGAGAGAAUCUGACCGGACGUUGUUACUAUGAGGUGGAGUGGAGCGGAGGAGGAGUUAAUAUUGCAGUUUCAAACAAAAACAUCAGCAGAUCAGGAAGAUCAAAUGGAUGUUCAUUUGGAUUCAAUGACAAAUCUUGGUCUCUGCGCUGUGACACAAACAGUUGUACAUUUUCGCACAACAAAGUUCAAACUCCAGUACCAGGUCCAGUUUCCUCCAGAAUAGGAGUGUACCUGGACCACAGAGCAGGUAUUCUGUCUUUCUACAGCGUCUCUGAAACCAUGACUCUCCUCCACAGAGUCCAGACCAGAUUCACUCAGCCGCUACAUGCUGGGAUUAGACUUUCUGAAGGAUCCUCUGCUGAGUUUGUUAAACCUAAAUAGUCAGCAGUGAUCUCAGGUUCAGUUCGUUAAUAUGCAUAUUUUAGUUUCAGUUUUUCAGUCUCCUUCAUUGUUGUCAUUUCUUCACUUCUCAGACAUCAGCUGUCGUUAUGGAGAUGUUGUUUGUUUGUUGACAUCCAUUAAUUUCACUCACAAAAGCAAAUUGUCAUGACUUUCAACUGCAUGACAAUAGAUGUUGCCAUCUUAACCCUUGUGUUUACAAAUGGGGUCCAACCGACCCCACGCCCGUGCACAAGCGUUAAAACCUAUCCCUAAUUUUCUGACUGCUUAUCUUUCAUGUAGCUGCAAAAAUUAUAAACUUUGUAGCACUUUUGUAAAUAAUUCAUGUUACAACACAAAUAAAGUAUAAAAAUCAACUUAAGAAAAGCAUUAAAAACACAGAAAGUGACUAUUUGUAUUUUUCUUGAGCUGGAGAAAAACUGAUGAAAAAGAACAGGACAACUAGAUGUAUAGUAUGUAAAUUCAGAUAUUAUCCUUUUAUUCUGAACACAGACUUUCUCUUAAAAGGUUUCUUUUGUAGUAAAGAAAUGUGAACCCUUUUCUGGUCAGUAUGGAUUGAUUUUAAUUGACUAAGCAGAUUAAUUAUUUAUACACAUUUGCUGCAACAUUGCUGUCUGUGUGCCCUAAACACAUCCAAACACACAAGUGCACAAUAUUCUAGUUUUGGGAAGAGAUAGUAGGGCAAACCUUCUGUAGUCGUGCUGAUUGGUGGUGUGCCGUUACAAACCUUGGCCACCAUGGAAAAUAUCUGUAAUUUGGUGCAUCCUGCACUAACGUUUUUCACCUCCUAAGUUUUUCUGACCCACCCAUCUCUUUCUCCUUUCUUUGUGACAUGUUGGUUAAUUUAUCUCUGAGAUGCAUGAGUGACAGGACCCUCUGAGACAUUCUGAGGACGUACUAACACAGCUACAAGACGUCCUGAGAGACACAUGGACAAUCAUCUCAUUGGCAAUAACUGAGGUGGAUGUUCUACUAUCAGGACCAGAGCCAAAGACCAGAUAAUUUUGAUGUAUCACCUUCAUACAUUAAGAACAUCAACAUUGUCAUGAAACCUGAUUGGGACUGACUGAGAUCUUUCCAGGACACACAGAAAACGGGUCACAUAAACCUAGAGGCAAUAAGUAAUCUUGUAUUCUGAUUUAAUGUAGAUUGAAAAUUAUGUAAUCUUUGAUUUAAAUGCACUAUGAAUUGAUGUUGAUUAUGAGUUAUGUGGUUUUGGUUGGAAGGCAAAAAGGAAUCUUGACCUAAGAAUGGGAAAAAUCAUAAAUGGAUAAAAGUAAUGACUACAAGUUAAAAGUCUCUUAUACUGUGUCACAACUAGAGGCCGUUUGAAGUCAAGGGAAGAGUGGUAGCUGCUCGGAGGAGGUUGUGUAAGCAGCUGAUGCAUAAACACCCAAACAUGGAAGGUAUAAAAAUAAUGAGAGAGAAGAACCAGGGGUUCUUUGUCCCGCAGUGUUCGAGUCAAUGCAGGAUCAAUGGAGGGCUGCGCCUUGAAACCUCGGGGAGGUGAAGACAUCGAACUGCUGGAGAAGGGAACAGGAUCCGUUUACCCACAGCCCGGGUUUCUGAUUUGACAACUGCCCUACACUCAACCCAAAGGAUCUCAACUAGGCUGCAGUGGACUUGGUGGAUAGACAAAGAUCACCGAGUGAUAAGGAACUGAGUCCACGGAGGACAAACACCAGUUCAACUUUGGAUCUGUUCUGAGGAGGAUUCUGCCAAGACAGACUCUAACCAAGGAUAUUAAAGUUUUAUGCUGCCAAGAUCAACUCAACAUCUGGGGACGAGUGGAUCUGCAUCCCAAAGCCUCACUUAUUUAGUUCGAUGACACAGGAUAGGGACUGGAGGGAGGUGUGAUUUCUAAUUCCUUGUAUAUUAAUCUCUUGAUUUGUUGAUUGAAGAAGCUGUUUGUCAUUUUCCCCCUGCUAAAGCUUGCUAAUAAAAUAUUAAAGUCUAA